AUGGCCAACUUCUUCGGCGCCGUCAACCGCUUCAUCUCGCGUCUCGACUCUGACCCGAACGCAGCAGCCCAAAGCGGCGGCAACAAGCCCACCUCACAGAACCAUUAUGGCUUCCAGGUCCUGCGCAACACGAACCCGGACAUCACUGUAGAGCCCUGGUUCGACUUCAUCAUCGGUAUCAAUGGCCAUAAUAUCGACAAUCCGGAUCCGCAGUUGUUCAUGACAGAGAUCAAGAAUUGUGCUGGUAAUGUCGUCUCCCUCGGUGUGUACGGCGCGAAAGGAAGUCAGAUUCGUGAGAUUUAUGUCAACGUCCCUACAGACGGAGGUAGUCUGGGUCUUGCACUGCAAUGGAGUCCGCUAAAUGUUGUGGACGAUGUAUGGCAUAUCUUGGACGUCAUGCCGAACUCACCUGCCGAUGUUGCUGGACUUCUGCCGUACAGCGACUAUGUCAUUGGCAGUCCGGAGGGCCCUUUGAGAGGUGACGCGGGGAUUGGGGAGAUUGUGGAGGCGUUCUUGAAUCGGCCGUUGAGGUUGUUUGUGUAUAAUCAGGAGUAUGAUGUGACGAGGAUGGUGACGAUCACGCCGGCGAAGAAUUGGGGUGGAGAUGGAGCGUUGGGGUGCACGUUGGGCUAUGGGGCGCUGCAUCGGAUUCCUGCGCCUUUGACGGAGCCGGCGCAGGCGCCUGGGGAGACGUUGUUCGAAGCUGGUGGGGGACAAGGCCAGGAUAUGCCAGUGUACCAGGCGCCUACUGCUGGGGAGACUUAUGGCGCGCCACCGCCGCCGGCGGAUUUCUUGGUGCCUGCGAAUAUGCCGAUUGCUGGACAAGGGGCUACACCGCCUCCGCCAUCUGGAGGUCCACCAAAGGGAGGGAAGACGAAGAAGGCACGGGCUCAUCAUGCACCCGCUGCGGCAUUGGAUGACUACUUUGCUGAAGGAGAGCAGAAGAGUCGUGAGCUGGAGGGAAAUUCUACACCCAAGCCGUCAGGUGAUGGGUUACCACCUCCACCACCCAAAGCAGGAGCUGGACCGCCAAAGGCCGCUUCUCCGGCACCGCCAGCAGAAGAUGACGGUGAGAAGACCGAGGAAGGCUGA